AUGCGGCUCCCGGGGGCCACCGGCUGCCUCCUCCCGCGGGGGGUCCUGCUGCUGCUGCUCGGUGUCUGCAAGGCUCUUUCCCUGGAAAUUAAAGCCAAUCCUAAAAUGACGGCUGUCGUGGGUGAGCAAGCCCUGCUGAAAUGCUCCUUCAAAUCCAGCUCCCCCAUCACUGAGAGCCUCGUGGUGUACUGGACAUACCGACCCCUCGCUGGGGGCCCGAUGGAGACAGUUUUCCAUUACCAGUCCGUUCCGUACCCAACAACAGUGGGAAAGUUCAAAGACAGGAUAUCCUGGGUCGGGAAUGUUGCCAGCGGUGACGCUUCCAUUGCUCUCCGGAGCCCCGAGCUGAGUGACAAUGGGACGUUCUUCUGCAGUGUGAAGAAUCCUCCGGACGUGUACCACAGCAUCCCCCAGACUGUGCUGGAGGUUACAGAGAGGGGCCUCUCCUUCCGGCUGACCUCGGCGGCCCUGCUCUCCUUGUCCGUGUUUCUCCCUUCCACCGUCGUGGUCGUUCUGCUGCUGGUGAGGAUGGGAAGGAAAUUCAGAGUGCUGAAGGAGAAAAAGAAAGGUGGCUACAAGAAGUCUUCCAUCGAGGUGUCUGAUGAGCCUGAGCAGACAGAGAGCACGGGCUGCUCCGGGAAACUCAGGGCGUGGUGUCUGAACUGUGUGGACACGGAUGAGGAAGAUCUAUACUGAUGAAAGGCUGAAUCUGUGGAGAGAGAACAAAAUGGCAGCACUGAAAAUCAGGGCCAGGUACUUCCGAAGGCUGCUGGAUAACCAGUGCAGGUGGAAGGAUGUGCUCUGCUCUUGGUAGAUUGGAAGAACGAUGCUGCUGGGAUAAUUCACUUCUAUUUAAUAAUGAUUUUUUAAAAAUCCUUCUAAUUUAUUGGGGAAAAAGGAAAU